CAGGAACUCCCCGCAUAAUUAGGUACAGAGAUUUAAUUUUCCCUUUCUCUCUCGUUUCCUAUUACCACUUUAUUUUCUCCAAAAAAAAACUUCAAUUGGAAUACUCCACGCUCUCUUCUACGAAACACCCACGUUUGCGUUUACAUUUACACUACAUCUCAUCUAUAUUGCAACAUGGGCGGCUGUUUCUCUUCAAAUCAAGGCAUGGGCGGUGGUGGCCUCGGACCGCGCCCACACCAAGGCGGCGGCGGGUUAAGCAACGUGGUGGGCAACGCCCUGAAUGGCGGAGGUGGUGGUGGAGGUAGAUACGGGGGAGGAGGUCAUGGGGGCGGGUUAGGCGGCGUGGUAGGGAACGUGCUGAACAGCGGAGGUGGUGGACAUCAUGGCGGUGGACAUCAUGGUGGUGGAGGAGGUGGUGGUUUAGGCGGCGUGGUAGGGAAUGUGCUGAAUAGUGGUGGUGGCGGACACCAUGGAGGUGGAGGAAUGGGUGGUGGUGGUGGUGGUGGUUUAGGGGGCGUGGUAGGUAGUGUCCUAGGCGGAGGUGGCUCCGGCGGACAUCAUGGCGGAGGGGGUGGUUAUGGGGGUAGCCAUGGAGGUGGUGGCUUUGGAGGGCACCAAGGAGGCCAUUAUGGAGGAGGUGGUGGCCUUGGGGGCAUGGGUGGUGGAGGAGGAUACGGAGGCAAUGGCGGAGGCUUUGGUGGAAUGGGUGGUGGUUCUGGAGGAGGCUUCUCUGGACCUGGUGGUGGCGGAUUCGGUGGCAGUGGAGGGAACUAUGGAGGGAACUAUGGAGGGUCUGGGGGUGGUGGAUAUGGGGGAUCUGGUGGUGGCUUCGGAGGCCCAGGGGGUGGUCGAUGGUAAUCAUUUCACGAAGGCCGACUUCAAUCACCAGAUAUCAUUCCUGACAUGACUCUACGAUAUUGUCCCGGUAGCCAGUGGACUGGUCUCAACCCUCCUCCCUCUUAUCUGCCGAUUUCGCAUACAACUUCGCCUACAUACCCCGAGCUGCCGCAUAUUGUCUGGAGGAUACGAAUGUUCAACCGAGACAGUAUAGAACAUUAUUCUGGAUGGCCCUGAGUAUAUAUUAGUAGAUCAGAUACAGGGGUCCCUUUUAGAGUUUAAUUUUGGAGUGGGAUAUACUAUAGAUUCUACAAAAGUUGCUUGCUGUGCAAUGUUCUAUAUGCACUACCGUAACCAGAACGAACAAAACGCACCAAUCCCCAAGACCAUCCCAAGAGCAGUAUUCCCAACCACC